CUCGGAGUAAAAAUGUAAAAUACAGGGAAAAUCGGGGCUGUAUUUCGGUGUCGGUGGGCGGGCCCUAAAUGAUGGGAAUAAUCAGUCAGUCGGCCCGAGGAGCCACCUCAAAGCAUAUCAGGUUACUUUGAAUGACAGCGUAACCAUGGCAAAUAAUUUGACUAAAACUAUUGUCUUAUCCACACCAUCCCCGGGUCAGAUAACCAACCAAUCACAGUUCACAUAAUCGCUUUUCUUGCCAGCUUAGAAUAAUAUUAUUAAAACAAGCGAGCGAGGUCCUUCUUCGGGAGUGCGUUAUGCUGAAACGACAUAGAAGAGGAGGUGAGCGACUCACGCAGGAGGAACAACUUUCUCUCGUCUGCUUUAAAUGGAUAUACGGUGUAUUAUGCGUGCUUGACAGGAUCUAAAGUGUUGUGCCUAUCUUUGCCAGGAGUGGAUUUUGAUUUUAUCAACUUUAUAUAAUCGUUUCUUAAAGUUUACCUCUCAAGAGUUUAAUUUAAAUUCACCGCAGAACUCUUACCUUGAACUUAGACAUAGAUACAAAAAGUGGACGUUUAUUCGCGAGAAACCAUGUCUAUGCUUCCAACAUUCGGCUUUACGCAAGAGCAAGUGGCGUGCGUCUGUGAGGUCCUACAGCAGGGUGGUAACAUUGAACGUCUCGGGCGCUUUUUGUGGUCUCUGCCGGCCUGCGAACAUCUCCACAAGAAUGAAAGUGUGCUGAAAGCAAAAGCCGUUGUCGCUUUUCAUAGGGGAAAUUUCAGAGAGCUUUAUAAGAUUCUCGAGAGCCACCAGUUCUCUCCGCACAACCACCCGAAACUCCAGCAGCUGUGGCUCAAAGCGCAUUAUGUCGAAGCAGAAAAGCUCCGGGGCCGCCCUCUUGGGGCUGUUGGGAAGUACCGCGUCCGAAGAAAGUUUCCACUACCCCGGUCCAUUUGGGACGGCGAGGAGACAAGUUACUGCUUUAAGGAAAAGAGCAGAAGUGUGCUGCGGGAAUGGUACACUCAUAACCCGUACCCUUCCCCGCGGGAGAAGAGGGAACUGGCAGAGGCAACUGGGCUAACAACAACACAAGUCAGUAACUGGUUUAAAAACAGACGCCAACGAGACCGAGCAGCGGAGGCUAAGGAAAGGGAGAAUAACGAAAACUCGAACACAAACAGUCACAACCCAUUGACGUCUUCCAUGAACGGAAGUAAGACUAUUUUAGCAAGCUCGGACGACGACAAAACGCCGUCUGGCACACCGGAUCACAACUCGUCAAGUCCGGCCUUGCUCCUCACGUCAAACCCCGGUCUGCAGUCCCUUCACGGCCUCGCACCUCCGCCAGGACCCAGCGCUAUCCCAGUGCCUAGUGCAGAUUCCGUGCAUCACCACCACCACCACCACCACUCAUUACACGACACUAUACUGAACCCUAUGUCUUCAAACUUGGUCGACCUUGGCUCUUAAUCAUAUGGACCCUAUAAAAGGACGCUUGUACAUGGACGAUUAGCGUAAAACAUCUCCAGACAAUAAUUGCGCGAUGAAAAGAUAAGGAAUGCACACAAAGAGUUGUGGAUGUUUAUCGGCUGACCCACUUGCAAAGCUGAUGUGGAGGGCCUUGAGAGAGGUAUUUUUCUAGAAUGUAAUGAGAUGGUUUAUUGAUAAUAAACAUGCGAAUAAACGUCUUAAUUCUUGAUAUCAACUUUUUUGAUAUCGUUAUUUUAGAUUAAUUUGCAACUGAUCCAAGACUCCCCAGUCGCAUAUUCCAUUUGUUUACAUUUUCUUUAAAAAGGCCAUAAAUAGUUUUACUUUUAAUGGGAUUUCGUUUUAUGAAAUGUUUUUAAUACAGACAAUGAUCUUUCGAUUAAUUAUAAAGCACAUGUCCUUAUUUUCAUUUGUAUUUUACUUUUGGAAAGCGACUGCAUGUAAACUUUGGGAUCAAUAAUAAACUAUAAACUCCAA